AAGAGAAAGAAAAAAGAAAAAGGAGAAAAGAAUUGGGAGGUUUCCUUUUGUGGGAAAACAGACAAGCAAGUUGUGGUUUUGAUAAUCUCAAGGUCGAAAGCUGUACUUUUGUUUUAAAUAAUGAAGAUAAAUAUUAAAUAGUAAAUCCAUCAGCAAAGAACAAAUCCUAAUAAUAUUCCUUUAUUUUUUAUUUUGGUUCAGUUAUUAAAGACAAAGAGGAAAAAAAAGCAAAUCUUUGUCUCUGGGUGUGAGGAGACAGGUGUAGGGUUGAGAUGAAAUCUGUGGAGGGGUGCGUCUCCCCACAUAUCUUUUUGCCGGCUUCUUCAACGGCUUUUUCGCUUCAACUCACCCGUCCUUCGACGUCGUUUUUGUCCCCACCCUCUUUUUCCUCUCUCGUCUACAGUGCCCUCCGCUUCCACCUGCUUUUUCGCUGUCCUAAGAAUUUGGUCGAAAAUCACUUCUCCUUCUUCUUAUUUUUCGCCUAAAUCUAUCUCUCUCUCUCUUAUACUGGUUGUAAUUUGUUAUUCUGUUGCAGAUAUUGGUCUGAAAUUCUCCUUUGCCGUCGUCUUCAAUCGCCACUUGCUGCUCCAACCCUCGUCGAAUGUAUGCACAUCCCAUUACCCUCUCCUCGUGUUCUGUGUACCCUUGCCUCUUUUUUUUUUUUUUUUUUUUUUUUGUUGUUGUUGUUGUAGGCUUUAUUUACUCUCUUUCUUGACACAUCUGUCACUACUCCUCGGCUUCUACUGCUUCCUGGACUUGUUCUGUUUCAACCCUUUUAACAUGAAUAGGCAAAAGUUUUGUUUAUUUUCCCCCCUGGAGUUGUGUGAUAGGGGUUCGUUCAUUCGUAUCUUGUAAGCAAUAGCUGAAAUGAAUGGAGAUAGACCAGAUUCUCAUUACCCUGAGACGGGUUUCCCGUAUGCGGCUUCUGCUAGUUACAUGGACUUUUAUGGUGGUGCGGCUCAGGAUCCCCUAAACUAUGCUCAUGCCGGAACAAUGCAUCCUCAUCAGGACAGCCUGUACUGGACCAUGAACACAAAUGCAUACAAGUUUGGAUUCUCAGGAUCAGAUAAUGCUUCUUUCUAUGGUUCUUAUGACCUGAACGAUCAUCUAUCCAGGAUGUCAAUUGGGAGAACCAAUUGGGAGUACCUUCCCAUGGUAAACGUUGAUGAGUCAGUUCCACGCUCUGUCCAAGUCGGGGACACGGAUGAUCACUCUGACGCUGAAGAAUGCAUUGCAAUUGAACAUGAUCCCGAGAGUCCUCAGGUAUCCUGGCAAGACGACAUUGAUCCGGAUACAAUGACCUAUGAGGAAUUAAUAGAGCUCGGGGAAGCGGUAGGAUCAGAAAGCCGAGGGCUAUCUCAGGAACUCAUAGAAACGCUUCCCACUAGAAAAUAUAAGUUCGGGAGCUUCUUCUCCAGGAAAAGAGCAGGGGAUAGGUGUGUGAUAUGCCAGCUCAAGUACAAGAUUGGGGAGAAGCAGAUGAAUCUUCCGUGCAAGCACGUGUAUCAUUCCGAAUGCAUAUCUAAGUGGCUAAGCAUCAACAAGAUUUGCCCGGUCUGUAACAGCGAGGUCUUUGGGGAGCCCAGCAUCCAUUGAUUGUCUCCAUUAAGUUAAUUGUUUUAGUGUAGUGAAAACUCAGAAGAAGAAGAAGAAAAAUUAGUCUAAUAGAAGAUGAUGUCCACACUAUACUACUCUCUCAUGUUCAGUCCUCUCUGUACAUGUAAUUUUCCAUUCUACUUACAUUUUCGUUUAUGUGUGUAUUGUAACACUCGUAUUGUUAUACUAAAUGCUAGCUACAACCAUAUAAGCUAAAUCCAUAUACGGGGAUGGUCCCUAUCCUUAAGGUUCUA